UAUAAAUUUAAUAUGGCAGAAGCAGCAGCAAAUUUAAAAUUAGUGUAUGAAAAAAUAUUACGUGCUGCUUCAAAAAAAGCAUCGGAACAUAGAUAUUUUGAGCCGCGAUUAGUAGCAGUUAGCAAAUUGCAAUCUGUUGAAUCAAUAUUGUCUGUUUAUAAAUCUGGUCAAACACAUUUUGGUGAAAAUUAUGUGAAUGAGUUGGUGGAAAAGGCUUCACAUCCACAGAUACUCCAAUAUGGCACAGAAAUUAAAUGGCAUUUUAUAGGCAAUUUACAAAGAAAUAAGGUCAAUAAGAUUUUGAAUGUACCAAACUUAUAUAUAAUAGAAACUGUUGAUAAUGAGAGACUUGCGAAUAUGCUUAAUAAUUUAUGGGUAAAAUUUCGAAAAAAUGAUGAUACAAAGCUAAAUAUCAUGGUUCAAAUUAAUACAAGUCAAGAGAAAGAAAAAAAUGGUUGUGAUAUGGUAGAAGCACCAGCUCUUGUAAAACAUAUUAUAAAUAAUUGUCCAAAUUUAAAAUUCAUUGGCCUUAUGACAAUAGGAAUGUUUGGAUAUGAUAUUGCAAAUGGUCCAAAUCCUGAUUUUAUUAACUUAUUAAAAUGUCGAGAAACAAUAUGCAAUAAAUUAGAGAUUGAUUUUAAAAAUAUUGAAUUAUCUAUGGGAAUGUCUAAUGACUAUGAACAUGCGAUUGAACUUGGUAGUACAAGUGUAAGAGUAGGUUCUGCUAUUUUUGGUAUUAGACCACAAAAGAAUGUUUAAAGAUAUAAGAUAUAAUUGAUGCUUUGAUAAUUUUGUAAUCUUGAACCCAAGGAUUAUAUGCAAAAUAAUUUUGCAUAUUUAUAUGAGAGAAAAGCAUGCAUGGAA